GCGCAUGAAUAUUCAGAUCAACGCGGUACACCAUGCGGUUUUGCUCAGCCUGGAUGCCGAUAGAAUAUACCGGGUGUGUAUUUAUCUGAUAUAAUUUCGCCCUGGAAAACGGGACACCAAACGGACUGCAAAUUUUCCCAUUCUCAAACUGUCACUGGCAUCCGUGUAGCUACACCCCGGAGGUACAGAAAACGUCGAUGAACGGGUUUUGGGAACGCCCUCGAGCAUAAAACAAUCGCUUAUAAGAAGGGACCCAAGAACUUGACUUUAGUGAUCAGACACGAAAGGAGAGAUCAGGGCGAAGCCGACUGGUGACACAAUAAGACGAGCACUGCAACAUCGAGAGUCACAGAUCCGUACGCAGUAAGCAGGGAGCGUUGCCGUCACGAAUUACCCGCUACCUAUCUACGGAGUCUUUUUCUCUGUGGUGACAGGUGUCUUCCAUUUUAAUCCGAUUACAAAGGAGUUAGCUAGGUGCAUAAUCAUACCUAGCAAGAGAUCUUCCUGCGUGCAAGUUACAACUACUCUGCUGUCUCCGUGGAGCGCGCUGCUGCAGCUUUUAGCAGAAGUACGAGAUUGGAGCCCAUCGCAUUCGCCUCAAAAUGAUGCAGAUUUCCGAUUCUUACAACCAGAAGCAUUCCCUGUUCAAUGCCAUGAACCGCUUUAUUGGUGCCGUUAAUAACAUGGACCAGACCGUGAUGGUGCCUAGCCUCUUAAGAGAUGUUCCUCUCGAUGAGGGGAAGGAGGUUAACUCCAUCAGGGCGGCCAGCAACGGGCCAGCCUCCUACUUCUACGACGGUGACAUGUACAGUUACUACGUGCUGUUGAAGUCCAUCCGGAAUGACAUCGAAUGGGGGGUGCUGCAGGCCGACGAGAGGAGGAAAGACAAGCUCGGCAUCACUGCCAUGGAGAUCUCCAGAAUCGAGCCUGAAGACGACGGCGAAGACUUGGAGAAACUGUUUCACUUCCACCUUAACGGAUUGCACACGGUUCUGUCCAAGCUUACGCGGAAGGCGAACACCCUCACCAACAGAUACAAGCAGGAGAUUGGGAUCGGGGGCUGGGGGCACUGAAUGACGGGGUGCAUGCCCGGCCCUUCACCGCUGAUCAUGUUUCGCUCUGUAGCGGGAGGGAAUCGAACUGUACGUGACUGAUGAAGUUCCAUUAAACUGAACGGAAGAGGUCAUACAGCGUGCGUCAGCCCUUUCCUACGAGUGCUGAAACUGAUUCAUAACACGAGGGGAAAUGUACUUUACACGGUUGGUCGGUACUGCUGUUCUUUUGAUACUGGAGUCAUGUUUUCGUUGUUUGCACUACUUGUUCUUUUGUUUGUGUGUUUGCACAGGGGUGUUGGCUUGACAUUCAACUCUUGUAUGAUAGUGUGAAACGUGCGUUUGUGUACACACGCGUUCAAAACAUGUACUUUGUAUGGGAGUUGAGGCUUUUGUAUUGCACUGUAUUAAUCAAUCAAGUUUCCAGUAAUCUCCCAUAUGGAGGAAAGUGCGCUGAAGGUCUAGCUUGCUAGUCUAAUGAUGUGGGACAGUGGACACUGUAAAGGGUACUGCUGCAGCUCGCCCAUGUGCCCGGUGCAGCGAGGAGGAUGCUAUGAUAUUAACGCAGAUGACUCCAAUGCCUUAACGAAUUUAUGAUCUGGAAUCAGAUGAUAAUUCUAUGUGUUAUAGAAUAAUGAUGGAUUCCAUGAGAUUAAAUGAACAUUACAAAUGUGCUGUCAAUGAAAAUAGCAACUUUAACAAGUAAAACCUUAUUGUGUUUUGUAUUUAAAACAAUUAUAAUAAAAAUAAACAUUUUUAUAAAGCAUAUCAUAUGAAUCUUUUUGACUGGUCUGUUUAUUUUGGCUGUAUCUUAUGUAGAUUGGAAAAACAUAAAGCGAGCCAUCCUACCAGAUGUUAAAUGUGUGAAGUUCAUGUCUUUGGUAUGCAUGUGACUUUGAUAUCUAUGAAUAAAGAUACACUCU